CACAUCCCGCCAUUCCAGUCGCCUCACGAUAUAUCUUAAUCAAACAUGGCACCACAAGUGAUUCCAUAUAAGGGGAUUCCCUACUUCACACCCGCCAACAAUGGCGGGGCAGCCAAAGACCCCAGGAAUCCCGAUACCCCCACUCUAUUCCGCCCCCUCAAAGAUCCGGGGUCUCAUAUUGAAGAACCGGAUCAUGGUCGCGCCUAUGUGCAUGUACUCAGCACAAUCCGACCCGUCCUCUCCCUUCGUCGGUGCCCUAACCAACUACCAUAUCGCUCACCUCGGCCACCUAGCCCUGAAAGGCGCAGGGCUGAUUAUUAUCGAGGCAACCGCUGUCCAGCCCAAUGGCCGGAUCUCCCCUAACGACAGCGGGCUCUGGCAGGAGGGUACUGAGUCGGAGCAAUUCCAGGGACUAAAACGCGUUGUAGAUUUUGUUCACAGCCAGGGAGCCAAAAUCGCUAUUCAACUCGCUCAUGCGGGUCGGAAGGCCAGCACUACGGCGCCCUGGGUUGCAAAAGAGGCAGGAAAGCGCAGUCUGCGGGUCGAGGAAAGUGUCGGUGGAUGGCCCGACAAUGUUGUAGGUCCGUCUGGAGGUGCUGAGCACAUAUGGGCUCCGGGAGAUGGAUUCUGGGCCCCGCGAGAGCUUAUGGAUGCGAUCGAGAUCCAUGGAGCCCAUGGCUAUUUGAUCAGCCAGUUUCUGAGCCCCGUUACCAACCAGCGGACCGAUAAAUACGGUGGUGGCUCAUUUGAAAAUCGGACACGGAUUCUGCGCGAAAUUGCUGCGGCCAUUCGGGCCGUGAUUCCUGCUGAUAUGCCUCUAUUUCUGCGGAUUAGUGCUACGGAAUGGCUUGAUGGCAAAGUUCCUGAGUUUUGGGAUCUGCCUUCAUCAAUUGCACUUGCUAAAUUGCUUCCUGAGUUGGGGAUUGAUUUUCUUGAUGUGAGCUCCGGCGGUAAUCACAAGGACCAGGUUAUCGAACCGCAUACCCACUAUCAGAUUGACCUUGCCAGCAAGAUCCGAAAGGAAAUUCGACAGGCUGGACAAAGCACACUGGUUGGAGCCGUCGGGCUGAUUACGCAGCUGACAGGCUCACAACCAGAGGCUGACGCUGUGCUGCUAGGACGUCAAUUUCUUCGAGAAGCAGAUUGGGUUAUCAAUGCAGCGAAGAAGUUGGGGGUCUCUUUUACAGCACCUUGGCAGCUUGGCCGCGCCGUUUAA